AUGGGCAACGAGGCGAGCUUGGAAGGGGAAGGGCUCCCCGAAGGACUGGCGGCGGCGGCGGCGGCCGGAGGAGGGGCCGGCGGGGCGGGGAGCCCCUUGCACACCGUGAUCCCGGCCGGCAUGGAGGCGGAUCUGAGCCAGCUGAGCGAAGAGGAGAGGAGACAGAUCGCUGCUGUCAUGUCAAGGGCGCAGGGACUGCCCAAGGGAAGCGGUCCCCCGGCUGCUGCGGAGUCGCCUUCCAUGCACAGGAAGCAAGAAUUGGAUAGUAGUCAUCCUCCAAAGCAACCAGGAAAACCGCCAGACCCUGGGCAUCCAGUUCAGCCUGGUCUCAGUAAAAGUAGAACUACAGACACUUUAAGGUCAGAGCAGAAAUUGCCUGGAAGGAGUCCUUCCACUAUUAGCUUGAAAGAAUCAAAGUCCAGAACUGAUUUUAAGGAAGAGCACAAGUCUAGUAUGAUGCCUGGCUUCCUGUCAGAGGUUAACCCUUUAAGUGCUGUCUCCUCUGUUGUAAAUAAAUUCAACCCUUUUGAUUUGAUAUCAGACUCUGAAGCAUCACAGGAAGAAACUACAAAGAAACAAAAAGUAACUCAGAAAGAACAAGGAAAACUAGAAGCAAUCACAAAACCUCCAUCACAACAACAAUCACCCAAGUCAGUUCCUAAGCAGCAAGGACCUGUUAGGGAACCAGUUCAGCAAGAUGGAGCUCCCAAAUCAAUAACUUCUCAGCAACCAGAAAAAAUCAAAUCACAACCUCCAGGUACAGGAAAGACAAUUCAGGGGCCUACCCCGACUCCCCAGACAGACCAGGAAAAAUUGCCACUUCAACGAGAGGUAACGAGGCCUCAGACUAAACAGUCAGAUGAAGUAAGAGGAGAAUCAAUUAAACCUUCACUGCAAAGCCCAUCCAAACCACCUGUUCAGCAAGCAAGUCCUGGAAAACCUUCAGCCCAGAAGCCUGCACCUGAAAAACCACAGCCUGGGCCUGCAAAGCCCCCAGCUCAACAACCAGGGCUAAUGAAGCCCCCAGCCCAGCCACCAGGAACAACAAAGCCUCCAGCUCAGCCCCUAGGGCCUGCCAAGCCUCCAGCUCAGCAGGCUGGCUCAGAAAAGCCUUCAUCUCAACAGCCUGGGCCAAAGUCUAUAGCUCAGUCUCCUGGGCUUGGAAAGACUCCAGCUCAGCAGCCAGGACCAGCAAAGACCCCAGCCCAGCAGCUGGGGACACCAAAACCCACAGCUCAGCAACCUGGCCCGCAAUCUCCAGCUAAGCCACCUGCAUCUACAAAGACUCCAGCUCAGCAGACUGGGUCAGCUAAGUCUCUGUCUCAGCAGCUUGGACCAGGAAAGACUUCAGCUCAACAGCCAGGCCCAACAAAGCUUUCUAUUCAACAGCCAGUCCCAACAAAAACCCCUUCCCACCAGCCUGGCUCAGCAAAGCCCUCAGAUCAGCAAUCUACAAAACCAGUAAGCCAAAGAGGGACAACAAAACCUCUGCAACCACCACCAAUUUCUCCAUCUGCAGCACAGACUUCAUUACAAGGUCUCCCUAGAACCAUCUGUCCUCUUUGCAAUGCCACUGAACUUCUGUUGCAUGUUCCAGAAAAGGCCAAUUUUAACACAUGCACUGAGUGUCAAACUACUGUCUGUAGCCUAUGUGGUUUUAAUCCCAAUCCUCAUUUAACCGAGAUAAAAGAGUGGCUGUGUUUAAACUGUCAGAUGCAAAGAGCUCUAGGAGGUGAUCUGGCUCCAAUUCCAUCAUCGCCCCAGCCCAAACUGAAGACUGGCCCUGUUACUCCCACAUCUACAGUGAGCAAAUCAUCCCCAGCGUCACAGCAGGCUUCCCCAAAGAAGGAUAUUACAUCCAAACAGGAAAUCUCAAAGGCAUCUGAAUCUAAAAAGCCACCACCACUAGUGAAACAACCAACGCUUCAUGGUUCUCCCCCAGCCGUGGCCAAGAAGCCUGCUGUGGCAGAGUCCUCGCUUAAGCCAGCACCUCCCAAAGAGCCUUCUGUCCCAUCUGACCAGGCCAAGACCCCUGUUGCUGAUGAUAAACCAAAGCAGCCCAAGAUGGUAAAGCCACCCACAGAUAUUGUAUCUUCAUCUGUGGAAGCAACAAAACCUGAUAUCCUGAGCUCCAAAGAACAGUUACAAGAUCAGGAGAAAACCCCUCCUCUAAAAAUAGAUUCUGCCAAACCCUCACAAAGUUUUCCACCAACAGGAGAAAAAGUCACUCCAUUUGAUUCUAAAGCCAUACCUCGACCUGCAUCGGAUUCAAAAAUUAUUUCACAUCCUGGACCUAGUUCAGAGAGCAAAAGUCAAAAACAAGUUGAUCUGGUACAAAAGAAGGAUGAACCUAAAAAAGCACAAACCAAAAUGAGUCCUAAACCAGAUGCCAAGCCAAUGCCAAAAGUGUCACCGACACCCCCUGGCCCACGACCUACCCCUGGCCAAACUGCCCCCACAUCUCAACAGCCCCCCAAAUCUCAGGAGCAGUCAAGACGUUUCAGUCUGAGUCUGGGAAGUAUAGCCGAUGCUCCUAAGUCACAGCCUACGACUCCUCAAGAAACUGUGACUGGGAAACUCUUUGGGUUUGGGGCAUCAAUCUUCAGCCAGGCAUCGAAUUUAAUUUCCACAGCAGGCCAGCCUGGACCUCCAUCACAAAGUGGGCCAGGGGCUCCAACAAAACAAGCCCCUGCCCCUUCACAGCCACCUAUGUCUCAGGGGCCACCCAAAUCCACAGGUCAAGCACCACCAGUACCUGCAAAGGUUACACCUGUGAAAAAGGAAACAAAAGCUCCAGUAGCUGAAAAAUUAGAGCCCAAAGCUGAACAAGAUCCAACAGUAAAAAGAACAGAAACAGAAAAGAAGACCCUACCCACUAAGGACAGCAAACCUUCAAUGACUGAGCCACAAAAGGCUGUCCUUCCUCCAAAACCAGAGAAAACUCCCAAACCAAAAUCAGCCUGUCCUCUCUGCAAAAGUGAACUCAACAUAGGUUCUGAGGAUCCUCCUAAUUUCAGUACUUGCACUGAAUGCAAGAAUCGAGUUUGUAAUCUCUGUGGAUUUAACCCUACACCACACUUGACUGAGAUUCAAGAAUGGCUUUGUUUAAACUGCCAAACCCAGAGAGCAGUGUCAGGACAGCUUGGUGACAUGGGCAAAACACUGCCUACGCCAUCAGGACCCAAAGCAUCCCCCGUGCCUAUACCUACAGAACCCCCGUCUCAGAAAACAGCAAUGCCUGCCCAGGUAAAAGCAAAAAGGAAGGAAGAAGUAAAAACAGAAACCGAAAAAGUCAUUCCAGAAAAAGUAAAAGAAACACUUUCAGUUGAAAAACUUCCACAUAAGGCAACCACAGGUCAAAAACAAGAAGAGAGUAAACUAGUAAAAGACAAAGCUUCAGACAUUCAAGAAAAAAAACCACCCCCUGAAGAAAAAAAGCCACUCGCAGAAGAAAAGCAACUAACUCCUGAAGAAAAAAAGCCAUCUCCUAAAGAGCCACCCUUGGAAGAAAAAAAGCCAACCUUGGAAGACAGAAAGCCAACACCUGAAGACAAAAAAUUAUUCCCAGAAGCAAAAAUAACAGCCCUAGAGGAGGAAAAGAAACAUGACUUUCUUAAAACUGGAAUACAAAUUGCUGAGGAAAAGCCCAAAGGCAGAGAGGCUCCAAAGGCAAUACAAGAUGAAAAACAACCACAGACCGAGAGGGAAGAUUUAACAUCUACGAUGCCUCAGAGUUUGCCUAAGGAAGUUGAUAAGACAGCCAAAAAAAUAAAAGAGCAGCCACAGGUGGCAUGCAUAGCAAAACCUGAUCGGGUGGAAUCUGGGAAAGAAAAAGCAGAAAAGGAAGAUGACAAAUCAGACAUCUCAACUUCUCAGCAACCUAAAAGCCCACAAGGUCUGAGUGACACAGGAUAUUCUUCUGAUGGAAUAUCAAGUUCACUAGGUGAAAUUCCAAGUCUUAUUCCGAGUGACGAAAAGGAUUUGCUCAAGGGACUCAAAAAGGACUCUUUUUCACAAGAAAGCAGCCCUUCCAGCCCCUCAGAUUUGGCUAAGUUAGAAAGCACAGUCCUAUCCAUUUUGGAAGCUCAGGCAAGUACACUAGAUGAAAAGUCAGAAAAGAAGACACAACCUGAUGAGGUCUCUCCUGAGCAGCCUAAUGACCAACCGAAAACUCAGUUUUUAUCUGAAAUACUGGAAAUUACUAUUUCAGAAGAGGAGCUAAAGGAGAGUCAAGAAGAAAAGAAAGACACCUUUAAAAAAGAUAGCCAACAAGGCAUUCCUCCCAGUAAAGACCAAAAAGUAAAGUUGGAGUUUGUUGACAACAUAACUACAAAAAGAGAGCCCUAUGAUUCAGUUGAAGACAGUAGUGAAAGUGAAAACUCACCUGUUCCACAAAGAAAACGGAGAACAAGUGUUGGUUCAUCAAGCAGUGAUGAGUAUAAACAGGAAGAUAGUCAAGGAUCAGGGGAAGAGGAGGACUUCAUUCGAAAACAAAUCAUAGAAAUGAGUGCUGAUGAAGAUGCUUCUGGUUCUGAAGAUGAUGAAUUUAUUAGGAAACAGCUCAAAGAGAUUAGUGGCAGUAGCAGGAGCCACAAGAAGGAAGAAACAAAAGGGAAAGGGAAAGUAACAGCAGGGAAACACAGGCGACUGACUCGAAAAAGUAGUGCAAGCUUUGAUGAUGAUGCAGGGAGACGUCAUUCAUGGCAUGAUGAAGAUGAUGAAACAUUUGAUGAAAGCCCUGAAUGCAAGUACCGGGAAACUAAAAGUCAGGAAAGUGAGGAACUUGUAGUUGCUGGAGGAGGGGGGCUACGGAGAUUUAAAACAAUUGAACUCAACAGCACAAUAGCAGAUAAAUAUUCUGCUGAGUCAUCACAGAAAAAAACAGCUUUGUAUUUUGAUGAAGAACCAGAAUUAGAAAUGGAAAGCCUGACAGACUCACCAGAGGAUAGGUCAAGAGGAGAAGGAUCUUCUAGUCUUCAUGCUUCCAGUUUCACUCCUGGUACAUCCCCUACAUCAGUGUCAUCACUUGAUGAGGACAGUGACAGUAGCCCAAGUCACAAAAAAGGAGAAAGCAAACAGCAACGCAAAGCUCGGCACAGAUCACAUGGCCCUCUUUUACCUACUAUUGAAGAUUCUUCAGAGGAAGAAGAAUUGAGAGAGGAAGAAGAGUUAUUAAAGGAGCAAGAAAAGCAGCGAGAAUUAGAACAGCAACAAAGAAAGAGCUCUAGUAAAAAAUCAAAGAAAGACAAAGAUGAACUUCGAGCUCAGAGAAGGAGGGAAAGACCAAAGACGCCACCUAGUAAUCUCUCUCCCAUUGAAGAUGCAUCUCCAACAGAAGAAUUACGUCAGGCUGCAGAAAUGGAGGAGCUGCAUAGAUCUUCUUGUUCCGAAUAUUCACCUAGCAUAGAAUCAGACCCAGAAGGUUUUGAAAUAAGCCCAGAGAAAAUAAUAGAAGUACAAAAAGUUUACAAAUUGCCCACAGCUGUGUCUUUAUACUCACCAACAGAUGAGCAAUCUAUUAUGCAGAAAGAAGGUAGUCAAAAGGCGUUAAAAAGUGCUGAGGAGAUGUAUGAAGAAAUGGUGCACAAAACUCACAAGUAUAAAGCUUUUCCAGCUGCAAGUGAACGAGAUGAAGUUUUUGAAAAAGAGCCUUUGUAUGGUGGGAUGUUAAUAGAGGAUUACAUUUAUGAAUCUUUAGUAGAGGACACAUACAAUGGAUCAGUAGAUAGCAGUCUGCUAGCAAGGCAAGAAGAAGAAAAUGGAUUUAUGCAGCAGAGGGGAAGAGAGCAAAAAACAAGACUUCCAGAGCAGAUUUAUGAAGAUCCUAUGCAGAAAAUUACAGACCUCCAGAAAGAGUUUUAUAAGUUAGAAAGCCUACAUUCUGUUGUGCCUCAAGAAGACAUUGUUUCAAGCUCUUAUAUAAUCCCAGAAAGCCACGAGAUAGUGGAUCUGGGUACUAUGGCAACUUCUACCAGUGAAGAAAAAAAAUUACUAGAUGCUGAUGCUGCCUAUGAAGAACUCAUGAAAAAGCAACAGAUGCAAUUGACACCUGGAUUCAGCCCAACCCAGCCUGCCAUUGGCGAUGAUGUGUCAGAGCCCACCAUGGACUUUGACAGGAUGCCUGAUGCAUCUUUGACAUCAAGUGUUCUCUCAGGAGCGUCUCUUACAGAUUCGACCAGCAGUGCAACACUCUCUAUCCCAGAUGUUAAAAUAACACAACAUUUUUCAACAGAAGAGAUUGAGGAUGAAUAUGUAACUGAUUAUACUAGAGAAAUUCAAGAGAUCAUUGCUCAUGAAUCAACGAUUUUGACCUAUUCUGAGCCUUCAGAAAGUGCUACAUCUGUCCCACCUUCGGAUACACCUUCUCUCACGUCAUCUGUUUCUUCAGUUUGCACCACAGAUAGCUCCUCACCGGUUACUACCCUGGAUAGCAUAACCACAGUUUUUACAGAGCCAGUGGAUAUAAUAACUAAAUUUGAAGAUUCUGAGGAAAUUUCUUCAUCAACUUAUUUUCCAGGCAGCAUUAUAGACUAUCCAGAAGAAAUAAGUGUAUCUUUAGAUCAGACUACCACACCGGAUGGUAGAACUAGUGCUGAUCACGUUAUGAUUUCCUUAUCUGAUAUGACACCUUCUAUCAUAGAAUCUGUAGGAACUAAACCUGAGGGGCCAAUUGCGGACACUAUUUCAACUGACUUACCUUUAUCUGAAAAAGAUUCAAUGAAGAAAGCCAAGGACACUGGGAACAGGCUUAUUCUGGAAGUUUUGGAAGCCUAUAGAGAUAAAAGGAAGGAGUUUGAGGCUGAACUAACAAAAACUAGCUUACUGGAAACUGUUCUUGAUCAACCACCUUCUUCUGAAAUAGCCCUUCCAAUGAAUGAGCAGUUUUCAACUACAUACUUUAUAUCUGGAGAGGUCUUUGGUCAGGAAAAACCUGCACCUCAUUUACCAUCUGGCCGUCCUUCUGCAUCCUCUCUUCCAACUAAAACUCGUCCAUUCUUCCGAAGUUCUUCUCUGGAUGUAUCAGCCCAACCUCCUCCUCCCCCGCCUCCUCCUCCUCCUCCUCCUCCACCACCUCCCCCUCCCCCUCCUCCACCCCCACUGCCCCCACCAACUUCACCUAAACCAACUAUUCAUCCUAAAAAAAAAUUAGCAGUUACCUCUCCAGUGACUCUAACAACUACAGCUGCACCUCUGGUUGAUUCUGUUACUACUGUGGAGACCACAGCCAUUCCAAGAAGUAAUGGGUCACCUGUAACAAAAGUAUGUACCACCACACCUCCUCCUGUUCCUCCUAAGCCAUCUUCAAUUCCAUCUGGACUUGUAUUUACACAUAGGCCUGAGCCAAGCAAACCUCCAAUUGCCCCUAAACCAGCAGUUCCUCAGCUUCCAAUAACUACACAAAAAUCAGAUAUACACCCCAAACCAACAGGUCUAUCUUUAACCUCAAGUAUGACCUUAAAUUUAGUGACUUCGGCAGAUUAUAAAUCGCCUUCCCCUACUUCCCCACUUUCUCCACACUCCAACAAGUCCUCACCGAGAUUUUCCAAAUCCCUCAUGGAAACUUACGUGGUUAUUACAUUGCCAUCUGAACCUGGGACUCCAACAGAUUCUUCAGCUAGCCAAGCAAUUACCAGUUGGCCCCUGGGAUCACCCCCCAAAGAUUUAAUUUCCAUUGAACCAGUGUUUUCUGUAGUUCCUCCUAUGAAAGCUACAGAAAUUCCACGUUCUUCAGAGCAGACCCUGUACAUCUCCGGAGUUUUGGAGUCAUUUUCUGCUGCACCUGUCACAGCACUGUCUUCAUUUCAAGCAGCUCCAACUUCAGUCCCACAGUUUCUCACAACUGAAGUUUCCAAGGCUGAGGUUUCCACAGCCAGAAGUACAGUCUCCAGUGUUGAUCUCAGCAGUGUUUCUAUUUCAAUUCCCCCAGAGCCUCUUGCUCUUGAUCACCUGCAUUUAGAGAAGCAUCAAUAUAAGGAAAAUGGAAAGUUGCAGCUUGUUGGUGAUGUCAUUGAUUUGCGUACAGUACCAAAAGUAGAAGUUAAAGCAACUGAAAAAUGUAUGGAUCUUUCUGCUUCUACAAUGGAUGUGAAAAAGCAGACCACAACAAAUGAAGUUUAUGGGAGACAAGUUAGUGCUGUCCAACCCUCUAUUAUAAACCUCAGUGCAACUUCAUCAGUGGUUACUCCUAUAUCCCUAGUCACUGAGAUCAUAAGUGUUGUCACAUGCACAGCUACUGCAAGUUACACUACAAGUACAGAAAGCCUAGUGGGUAUAGAACAUGUACCAACAGCACCACUCCAGCUUACUACAUCAAAACAUGCUGAGCCCCCUUACAGGAUGCCAAAUGGCCAGGCCUUUCCUACAGUUAGGGAGGAAGCGCCCAUAAACUUAUCUGUAGGUACAUCAGCACAUGCAAUGACAUUGGCUGUUACAAAACCUGUCACUAUGCCUCCUGUUGGUGUCACCAAUGGAUGGACUGACAGUGCUACAUCCCAGGGGAUCUCUGAUGGGGAAGUGGUGGAUCUCAGUACAACAAAGUCUCAUAGAACUGUCGUAACAAUGGAUGAAUCUACUUCAAGUGUGGUGACCAAAAUAAUAGAGGAUGAUGAAAAACCUGUUGAUUUGACUGCAGGAAGAAGAGCUGUGUGCUGUGAUGUGGUUUAUAAGUUACCAUUUGGAAGGAGCUGCACAGCACAGCAGCCUGCAACUACUCUUCCUGAGGAUCGUUUUGGCUAUAGGGAUGACCACUACCAAUAUGAUCGAUCAGGGCCAUAUGGUUAUAGAGGGAUUGGGGGAAUGAAACCUUCCAUGUCUGACACUAAUUUAGCAGAAGCUGGACAUUUUUUUUAUAAAAGUAAGAAUUCUUUUGAUUAUGCUGGUGGAACUGAUGCAGCAGUAGACCUAACUUCAGGGAGAAUUACAACAGGUGAGGUAAUGGAUUAUUCAAGCAAGACUACAGGUCCAUAUCCAGAAACACGACAAGUCAUUUCAGGAGCUGGGAUUAGUACACCACAGUAUUCCACAGCAAGAAUGACUCCACCUCCAGGAUCCCAGUAUGGUGUGGGAAGUGUUUUGAGAUCUUCUAAUGGUGUUGUCUAUUCUUCAGUAGUGACCCCAAUACCCUCCACAUUUGCUAUCACCACACAACCUGGCUCCAUUUUCAGCACCACUGUGAGGGAUUUGUCUGGUAUUCAUACAACUGAUGCAGUAUCUGCCCUGCACCAGAGCCAGCCAAUGCCUAGAUCAUAUUUCAUAACAACAGGUGCAUCUGAAACGGACAUUUCAGUAACUGGUAUUGAUAUCAAUGCCAGUUUGCAAACUAUUACUAUGGAAACUUUUACUGCUGAUACUAUAGACUCUGUUCCCACUUUAACCACAGCAUCUGAAGUAUAUUCUGAAGUGGUGGGAGAUGAAAGCACUCUUUUAAUUGUCCCUGAUGAAGGUAAACAACAACAGCAGUUAGACUUGGAGCGUGAGCUCUUAGAACUGGAGAAAAUUAAGCAACAGCGCUUUGCUGAGGAAUUGGAGUGGGAACGUCAGGAAAUUCAAAGGUUCCGAGAACAAGAAAAGAUCAUGGUACAAAAAAAGCUGGAGGAACUACAGUCUAUGAAGCAGCACCUUCUCUAUCAGCAAGAAGAAGAGAGGCAAGCCCAGUUUAUGAUGAGGCAGGAGACAUUAGCUCAGCAACAGCUACAGCUUGAGCAGAUCCAACAGCUGCAACAACAGCUUCACCAGCAACUAGAGGAGCAGAAGAUUCGCCAGAUCUAUCAGUAUAACUAUGACCCUUCUGGAACUGCUUCUCCACAAACCACUACAGAGCAGGCAAUUUUGGAAGGUCAGUAUGCUGCCCCAGAAGGCAGUCAGUUUUGGGCUACUGAAGAUGCAACCACCACAGCGUCAGCUGUGGUGGCAAUUGAAAUACCACAAAGCCAAGGAUGGUACACAGUUCAGUCUGAUGGUGUUACUCAGUACAUUGCCCCACCUGGCAUCCUGAGCACUGUUUCUGAAAUACCUCUAACAGAUGUUGUUGUAAAAGAGGAAAAACAACCCAAAAAGAGAAGUUCUGGAGCUAAGGUCCGUGGACAAUAUGAUGAGAUAGGGGAAAACGUGGCAGACGAUCCCCGGUGUUUUAAAAAGAUAGUGGACAGCGGUGUACAGACUGACGACGAAGACAGUGCAGAUCGGAGUUAUGCCAGUAGGAGAAGGAGAACGAAAAAGAGUGUUGAUACAAGUGUCCAAACUGAUGAUGAAGACCAGGACGAAUGGGAGAUGCCCACGAGGUCAAGGAGAAAAGUUCGUGUAGGGAAAUAUGGUGACAGCACGACAGAAGCUGACAAGACCAAACCCCUUUCCAAAGUCUCCAGCAUAGCAGUGCAGACGGUAGCAGAGAUAUCUGUGCAAACGGAACCAGUUGGAACCAUAAGGACACCUUCGAUACGGGCACGAGUGGAUGCCAAGGUAGAAAUCAUUAAACACAUUUCAGCACCUGAAAAGACUUACAAAGGGGGCAGUUUAGGAUGUCAAACAGAAGCAGAUGCAGACACACAAAGUCCUCAGUAUCUGAGUGCCACAUCUCCACCCAAAGACAAGAAACGCCCAACACCUUUAGAGAUUGGUUAUUCAUCUCACCUCCGGGCAGAUUCCACACUGCAACUGGCUCCUUCCCCACCCAAAUCUCCAAAAGUUCUUUAUUCACCCAUCUCACCACUUUCACCAGGCAAAGCCUUAGAGUCAGCCUUUGUACCGUAUGAAAAACCCCUCCCCGAUGAUAUAAGUCCACAGAAAGUACUGCAUCCAGAUAUGGCUAAAGUUCCCCCAGCAAGUCCUAAGACAGCCAAGAUGAUGCAGCGUUCUAUGUCUGACCCAAAGCCUCUGAGUCCAACAGCAGACGAAAGUUCCAGGGCUCCUUUUCAGUAUACUGAGGGCUACACGACAAAAGGUUCUCAAACCAUGACACCCUCUGGCACACAGAAAAAAGUUAAGAGAACUCUGCCAAAUCCACCUCCUGAGGAGACUUCCACAGGAACUCAGCCGACAUACAGCACAAUGGGCACAGUUUCCAGGAGAAGGAUCUGCAGAACAAACACCAUGGCACGAGCCAAGAUUCUCCAGGACAUAGACAGAGAGCUUGACCUUGUGGAAAGGGAGUCUGCAAAGCUUAGAAAGAAACAAGCAGAACUUGAUGAGGAAGAAAAGGAGAUUGAUGCCAAGCUACGGUACCUGGAAAUGGGAAUUAACAGGAGGAAAGAGGCAUUGUUAAAAGAGAGAGAAAAGAGAGAGCGAGCCUACCUCCAAGGUGUAGCUGAGGAUCGUGACUACAUGUCUGACAGCGAAGUGAGCAGCACCAGACCAACCCGAAUGGAAAGUCAGCACGGCAUUGAGCGACCAAGGACUGCCCCCCAAACUGAAUUCAGCCAGUUCAUACCACCACAAACCCAAACAGAAUCUCAGCUAGUUCCUCCUACAAGUCCUUACACACAAUACCAAUACUCUUCCCCUGCUCUUCCUACCCAAGCUCCCACCCCCUACACCCAACAGUCCCAUUUUCAGCAACAAACUUUGUAUCAUCAGCAAGUUUCACCUUAUCAGACUCAGCCAACAUUCCAAGCUGUGGCCACAAUGUCCUUCACACCACAAGCUCAACCUACACCAACGCCACAGCCUUCUUACCAGUUACCAUCACAGAUGAUGGUGAUACAGCAGAAGCCACGGCAAACUACAUUAUAUUUGGAGCCCAAGAUAACUUCAAACUAUGAAGUGAUUCGCAACCAACCCCUGAUGAUAGCACCUGUUUCUACUGAUAAUACAUACGCUGUUUCCCAUCUUGGUAGUAAGUACAAUAGUUUAGACUUGAGAAUAGGUUUAGAAGAAAGAAGCAGUAUAGCAAGCAGCCCAAUAUCAAGCAUAUCUGCAGAUUCUUUCUAUGCAGAUAUUGACCAUCACACUCCACGAAAUUAUGUCCUAAUUGAUGAAAUUGGAGAGAUCACAAAAGGAACAGCAGCAUUAAGCACCGCAUUUAGCCUUCACGAAAAGGAUCUGUCAAAAACAGACCGUCUCCUUCGAACCACUGAGACACGUAGGUCUCAAGAAGUGACAGAUUUCCUAGCACCUUUACAGACUUCCUCCCGACUGCACAGUUAUGUAAAAGCAGAGGAAGACCCAAUGGAGGAGCCUUAUGAGUUAAAGCUUCUGAAACAUCAGAUUAAACAAGAAUUCCGUAGAGGCACAGAGAGCUUAGAUCACCUUGCUGGUCUUUCGCAUUAUUACCAUUCCGAUACUAGCUACAGACAUUUUCCAAAGUCCGAGAAGUAUAGCAUCAGUAGACUCACACUGGAAAAACAAGCAGCAAAACAAUUACCAGCAGCCAUACUUUAUCAAAAGCAAUCAAAGCACAAGAAAUCACUAAUUGACCCUAAAAUGUCAAAAUUUUCACCUAUUCAAGAAAGUAGAGACCUUGAGCCUGAUUAUUCGAGCUAUAUGACUUCUAGCACUUCUUCUAUUGGUGGCAUUUCUUCCAGGGCAAGACUUCUUCAAGACGACAUCACUUUUGGCCUCAGAAAAAAUAUUACAGACCAACAAAAGUUUAUGGGAUCAUCUCUGGGCACAUUAGGAAAUACCAUACGGUCAGCUCUGCAGGAUGAAGCAGAUAAGCCUUACAGUAGUGGCAGCAGGUCCAGACCUUCCUCCAGACCCUCCUCUGUCUAUGGGCUUGAUUUAUCAAUUAAAAGAGAUUCUUCCAGCUCUUCCCUAAGACUGAAAGCGCAAGAAGCUGAAGCUCUAGAUGUUUCUUUUAGUCAUGCAUCAUCCUCUGCCAGAACUAAGCCUACCAGUUUGCCAAUUAGCCAGAGUAGAGGAAGAAUACCAAUUGUGGCUCAGAAUUCUGAAGAAGAAAGUCCACUCAGUCCUGUUGGCCAGCCAAUGGGAAUGGCCAGGGCUGCAGCUGGACCCCUGCCACCAAUAUCUGCAGACACCAGGGAUCAGUUUGGAUCAAGUCACUCAUUGCCUGAAGUUCAGCAACACAUGAGAGAAGAAUCACGGACUCGAGGCUAUGACCGUGACAUAGCAUUCAUCAUGGAUGACUUCCAACAUGCCAUGUCAGACAGUGAAGCCUAUCACCUGCGUCGUGAGGAAACAGAUUGGUUUGAUAAACCCAGGGAGUCUCGUAUGGAAAAUGGACAUGGUCUGGACCGAAAACUUCCAGAAAGAUUAGUCCACUCUAGACCACUCAGUCAACAUCAAGAGCAAAUUAUACAGAUGAACGGGAAGACUGUGCACUACAUCUUUCCUCAUGCAAGGAUAAAAAUAACAAGAGAUUCUAAGGAUCACACAGUUUCAGGUAAUGGAUUAGGAAUUAGGAUUGUGGGUGGUAAAGAAAUUCCUGGACAUGGUGGAGAAAUUGGAGCCUAUAUUGCCAAGAUUCUUCCUGGGGGAAGUGCAGAACAGACAGGGAAACUUAUGGAAGGGAUGCAAGUAUUGGAAUGGAACGGAAUUCCCUUAACUUCUAAAACAUAUGAAGAAGUACAGAGUAUCAUCAAUCAGCAAAGUGGGGAAGCAGAAAUAUGUGUAAGACUGGACCUCAAUAUGCUAUCAGAUUCUGAAAACCCACAGCAUCUGGAACUUCAUGAACCACCAAAAGCUGUGGAUAAAGCAAAAUCCCCAGGGGUUGAUCCUAAGCAGCUGGCAGCAGAGCUCCAGAAGGUUUCGCUACAGCAGUCACCACUGGUUCUGUCAUCAGUCGUUGAGAAAGGGUCUCAUGUUCAUUCAGGUCCUACAUCAGCAGGAUCCAGUUCUGUUCCCAGCCCUGGGCAACCAGGGUCACCCUCGGUGAGCAAAAAGAAACACAGCAGCAGCAAGCCUACUGAUGCAACAAAGGUCGUCUCUCAUCCAAUUACGGGGGAAAUACAGCUUCAAAUCAACUAUGAUGUUGGAAAUCUCAUAAUACAUAUUCUUCAAGCAAGAAACCUUGUCCCUCGAGAUAACAACGGUUAUUCUGACCCUUUUGUUAAAGUGUACCUCCUUCCAGGGCGAGGCCAAGUCAUGGUUGUCCAGAAUGCAAGUGCUGAGUACAAGAGAAGAACUAAAUAUGUUCAGAAAAGUCUUAAUCCUGAGUGGAAUCAAACAGUAAUUUACAAAAGUAUUUCCAUGGAACAGCUCAAGAAGAAAACACUGGAGGUGACAGUUUGGGAUUAUGAUAGAUUUUCUUCCAAUGACUUCCUUGGAGAGGUAUUGAUUGAUUUGUCUAGCACAUCUCACCUUGAUAACACUCCCAGAUGGUAUCCUCUCAAAGAGCAGACUGAAAGCAUUGAUCAUGGCAAGUCCCAUUCCAGUCAGAGCAGCCAGCAGUCCCCAAAGCCAUCUGUCAUCAAAAGCAGAAGUCAUGGUAUCUUCCCUGACCCAUCCAAGGACAUGCAGGUUCCCACCAUUGAGAAAUCCCACAGUAGUCCUGGUAGCUCAAAAUCAUCAUCGGAAGGCCAUCUCCGCUCUCACGGACCAUCUCGCAGUCAAAGCAAGACCAGUGUCACUCAGACCCACCUUGAAGACGCAGGGGCUGCCAUAGCCGCUGCCGAAGCUGCCGUGCAGCAACUCCGCAUUCAACCAACAAAGCCUACCAAUCACCGGCCUGCAGAAAGCUCUGUGUCCACCGGCUCCUCGGGCAGCAGCUUUGGCAGUGGGUACAGCGUGGACAGUGAAGGAAGCAGCAGCACUGCAGGGGAGACUAAUCUAUUUCCUAUUCCGAGGAUAGGAAAGACAGGACAGAAUGGACAAGAACCUGUAAAACAGCCAGGAGUGGGAGUAGGACUAGCCGACACUGAAGUUAAAACUCAGGUAAUGGGAGAAAUCAAGAUUGCAUUGAAGAAGGAGAUGAAGACAGAUGGCGAACAACUAAUAGUUGAAAUUCUUCAAUGCAGAAAUAUCACCUACAAAUUUAAGUCACCUGAUCAUUUGCCAGAUCUAUAUGUGAAAAUAUAUGUGAUGAAUAUCGCUACCCAAAAAAAAGUGAUCAAGAAAAAAACAAGAGUAUGUAGACAUGAUCGAGAACCUUCAUUCAAUGAAACUUUUAGAUUCAGCCUAAGUCCUGCUGGACAUUCUCUUCAGAUUUUACUUUUCUCCAAUGGAGGGAAGUUUAUGAAAAAGACCUUGAUUGGUGAAGCCUGUAUCUGGCUUGAUAAAGUGGAUCUCAGAAAAAGAAUAGUCAACUGGCACAAACUUUUGGUCAGUCCUACUCAAACGCAUUGA